CGUGACGUGACAGAGCAAAAGUGCAUUCGCACUUCGCAGUUUUGUUGUGCACUUUCUUGUACAGAAGGGCGAUAAGUGUUAUUUAUUUUAAUUUCCUAAUUUAAUGAAACUGAGCGCUUUGUUAGUGAUAGCUGAUAGAAAGUUUUGAAUUGUGGAUUCUGGAAAAGUAUGAUGAAACUAAUCCGCUUCAAGCGCAAAAGGAAACAACUCUAAUUGGGUGACCAAAUCUAAUUAGCCAAAGAAGGAGUGUGCUGCUGGCUGGUUACAAUCGAUCGGUUUGCAGUUACUCAAUUUUGCUAGAGGAUUCAUUUUACGACACGUUACGGCGAUGUUGAGUGAUUACUCGAUGGUUUCUUCGGAUGGGGACGAAUCCAGCAGCUACGCCGAAAACACCGAGGACGACACGGAGGAAGAUGUGUUCUUCCAGCUGAGCGGAGUGGGCGUGGAGGACAGCGGAGGAAACCGCGGAAAACUGGUUACGAUCAAUCAGUACGCGCAGGAUGUGGUGGAUUUCAGUUCCCAGUACGGGAGCGAUACGAGCAUUUCGUAUACGGCCUACAAUGUGACGGGGAAACCGUCCAAGUACCCGGACUAUGGGGACUUUCCAGAAACGUUUGCUUUCCGCACUUAUGGUCCCUGGUGGAAGCUGGCCCCAUCGGCGCAGCAAGAAUUUAGUCCACAGAACUUCUCCGACGCGCCGCCACCCGUGGAUGACUACAUCCUGCUUCGCUUCGAGGAACCCGUCUACCCGGAAACGAUCGAAGUAUUCGAGACUUACAACCCGGGAGGAAUUAUCCGCAUUUGGGCGUACGCCGAGGAAUGGAUCUGCCUGUGGGACAUUUCCGAAGCGGAUCAGAGUUGCAUGCUGAUCGAGCGAAAUAAGGCUCGAGUGUUUGCCCCUCGCUUGAGGCACUGCACGGAACCAACCCGGUACAUCCGGAUGGAGUUCAAUCAUGCCCACCUACAGUACUCUACCCAGCUGGACGCAGUCCUUCUGGUCGGACAGAAGUUUGUGCCCUGUGGUGGUCUCAGAGGGAAGCAUCCGUUAAGUCCGCUGAUCGAGAAGGGUCCCAUCCAGAAGAAGCUGGAGCUGGAGAAGUUCCGCCCGGUUGCGACUGCAAAUCGGGAGGAGAUUCUUCAGGAGUUCCUUCGGAACGGAUUGGACGAGUUUGUUCAAGGGCUAAGUCAGAGGCAAUCGUCCAACGAGGAAGACCCGGAUGAAUCUCAUCCAGAGGAAAGUGACAGUCGAAGCGAGACACCAAGUGCCGACACGAAUCCCACCGUCCCGGAAUUGACCCUAGACAGGCUACCCUACGAAGUCCUGUUCAAGGUGAUGUCCUUCCUGGAUCUCAAAUCGCUCUACCGGUGCGGGAGGGUUUGUCGUACUUUUAACCAGAUUGUGGCAGUUAAUUCCCUGCUCUAUGCGGAGGUCAACCUCAAACCGUACUGGAAUUGCGUUUCGACGGCGCUGCUCAGCUCGCUGAUGAAGAGAUGUGCCUACACCAAGAAGCUGGACCUGUCGUGGUGCGGCUCGUUCAACAAACUCACCGCCACCGAUUUUAAAGACUUCCUGUCCGUUUGCGGCAGCAACCUAACCCACCUCCGACUGAACUCGUGCAAGUUCCUCACCACCGGCAGCUGCCUGGAAUCCAUCGGGUCGCACUGUUUCGAAAACCUCCGAGAGCUCACUCUCCAAAAUUACCACCCCGAGCAGGAGGACUUUUCCGGCCUGUACUACUUCCGCAAUCUGGAACGCCUGGAUCUGAACCGGACCACCAUCAACACUCAAUCGCUGCUGAUAGUCCUGGCCCGGAACGAGCACCUGCGCCAUCUGAACUUGGCCUUCUGCUCCAUGGACGUUAACAUGGACGACAUCGCCCUGCAGAUCUCAAAAUACAACCGGAAGCUGAUCUCGUUGGACAUGUGGAAGUCCCACUCGCUGACCUCCCUUGGCCUGGAAGCGCUCAGCAAGUGCACCCUGCUGGAGGAAGUCGACUUUGGGUGGUGCCUCCGGGAGGAACCCUCUCCGGGCGAAUCGGUCCGUUUGCUGGUCAAAGCUUGUCCACGUCUGAGGAAGCUUUUCAUGGCGGCGAUCCGGGGCCUAACGGAUCGGGACCUGGAAGUAAUCGCGUCCAGCUGCGAGAACCUGGAACAGUUGGAUCUGAUGGGCAUCAUGGGCAUCUCGACGGAGAUGUGCUACCGGAUUCUGUGCCGCUGUCCGAAGUUGAAACUGCUGGAUGUGAGCUUCUGUGAUAAUUUGGACAAUCUGCAGAUUGCGCUGUGGCGGGAUUGUUUUGACGUGGCCAUUAAGCGGAGCUUCGUGGACUUUGGGGCGCCACGUGGGUCGGAGUUUUGAGACGUUUUGAAGUGUGCUGUAGAGGCAGAGUUAGCAUUCCUUUAGAUUUCUGUUUCAUUUUGUGUUCUAUGAAAGAGAUUUUAGUUUUACGGUAAAGAGAAAAAAAUGUUGUGAUCCCUAGGAAUGAAAUAUUUUAGAAUAUGAGAAAAAUUCUAAGACGGAUAGUAAGUAUUUUAUCUAACUAUAUUUAUGAGACUAACUUAUGUCAAUGGCGAAGAGAUCUGGCCAAAAGAGAGGUUAUUAAUUAAACAUAUUAGGAAUA